ACCUUAUAAAUUGAUGUCACGUACAUCAUUAUAAGACAUCAAAUUCUAUUGAAGAUAACAUCUACCAAUCAAAUAUUAUUCUUUGCUUUGCAAGUUGAGUUUGUGAAUAUGUCUGGCUGUAAAUGUGGAAGUAGUUGCAAUUGUGGUGAUAACUGCAAAUGCAACAGCAGGUCUAGUGGGUUGGGCUAUCUCGAAGGUGAAACCACAGAAACCGUGAUUAUGGGCGUUGCUCCGGCAAAGAUCCAUUUUGAGGGUGCUGAAAUGGGUGUUGCAGCUGAGGAAGGUGGCUGCAAGUGUGGAGAUAGCUGCACAUGUGACCCUUGCAACUGUAAGUGAAGUGCAACUUAUGAAAGGUUGCAGCAGAGAUACUGGAACCAAUGUGUGUAUUUGUGUGUAUGAGUACACAUUUAAUGUAUAAGAAACAUGUGUGUUUGCUUUUUAAUUAGAAUAAUAUAAAGUGGUCAUAGAUCUCAUCUUCAGAAAAUUGAAAUGUUAGAUUUAAUUUGUUGAAGGUGUUAUGAGAGCUAUAUGGUUGCUUUGUGUUUGGUUGUAUUGUAUAAACUAUAGUCAAUAUAAGUCAUAAAUCUCUGCUUAUUACUAACUCUACAAGUAUUUAUCCAAGAAAUAGAAUGUAUCUUGUGAGA